AAUUUGACGUAUCGAAUCAAGUAAAUCUCCGAUUGUGUGCGAUUAGGCGUUUUGCUUCUCCGAUGUCAAUCCCACCGUCUUCAGGUUCUUCUUCUUCAUCUUCCUCGUCUCAAUAUACAUACGCAGCUAAUUCUUACUAUUCCGCGCCGUACCAGCCUCCUCCACAGCCCUACGUGACGCCUUCGCCUGCUGUUCCGGCGCCGGUAGCUUCCAUUCCCGGAGCCACGGUCUAUCCGCAGCCUGCUGGACCGCUUCCUGCCGUCUACGCUUAUCCUCAGUACCAACAGGCUCAUCAAUUGUUCCAAAGAGAUGCACAAACCAUCACACCAGAAGCUCUUGAGAAUGUGAAAGCUGCUUUGGCAAGUAGUGAAACCGAACACAAAGCAGAAACUAAAAAGAGAGCCAUUCCUCGUAAAGCUGCUGGACAGUCUUGGGAGGAUCCUACUCUUUCAGAGUGGCCAGAAAAUGACUAUCGAUUGUUCUGUGGUGAUCUUGGGAAUGAGGUGAAUGAUGAUGUUCUUUCCAAAGCGUUUGCUCGAUUCCCCACCUUCAAUAUGGCCAAGGUCAUUAGAGAUAAGCGGACUGGAAAAACCAAAGGUUAUGGGUUUGUGAGUUUCUCAAAUCCUGCGGAUCUAGCUGCAGCCCUAAAAGAAAUGAAUGGUAAGUAUGUCGGAAACCGUCCGAUAAAACUAAGAAAAAGCAGCUGGAAAGAGAGAACGGACCAGGAGGCUGCUGAAAGACAAAAGCAUCACAGCAAUAAGAAGCAAAAGACAGUGAAGAAGAGCAUACUUCACAAGUGAUGGAUCCAUGGCAUUCCCGAGGGCUUACAUGAAAAGUGAGAAAAACAAAACAAAGCAUAAUAGGCUUCGAGCACAAUAUAUCCCCUAUGCAUCUUUUUUUUUCUCAACGAGUUUUAUAAGUUUGAUAUAUUGGUUCAACAACAGAAUACCUCAUGAAAGUUGUAGCCUCACAACUUGGUAAAUUUAGUAGUAGUAGCCGUUCCCUUUUUUUAAGCA